AUGGCCGAUCCUACUCAAGGAGCAGACCCUCCGGCUACUAGUGACACAACUCUUGAUCAAGCGGAAGAUCAAAGGAGCGAAACAGAAAAAAUCAAACAAGCUAUCAUUGAUGAUGAGGCAGAAGAUCUCAAGAAACUAGUCAAUGAAAAUCUUUCGCUUCUUGACGCGAGAUUCGAUUACAACUUCGAUGAGGAUGAUCCAUCUGAUAUUAUAGAAGGACUAAGUCCAUUGAUGUUUGCAACCCUUGCAGGCCGCUCAGAAAUAGUGGGUUUUCUCCUUGACAAGGGUGCUGAUGCACUGGUCAAAACAAAGCGUCCCGAGCGGAGUAUCCUUGAGCUUGCUCUUGCUGCUGACGAUAAUGCCGAAAGUAUGGCAAGAGAAAUUCUUGACAAAAGAGGGAAAGACGUGUUGGAGGUGCGGAGUGGGACCGACCAAUGGACACCGCUUCUUCGCAUGGCAUACAAUGGCAUUGGAGAUGCUGUCAAGCAUUUACUUGAUUUUGGAGCAGAUACCAAUGCACCUGACUCCGAUAAGGAUAUAGCGCUUCACCUGGCUGCUGAGCGAGGUCAUUUUGAUAUUGCUGAAAAGCUCAUAGAAGUUGACUCAGAAGCAUUAAAAGCGCAAGGCAAUUCUGGACGCACUCCCCUUCAUAGCGGUGCUCGAUGGGGGAAAGCCGAUAUCGUUAAGCUCUUACUCAAGAAUGGAGCAACGUCAGAGGCACAGGAUUCAGAUGGGAACACAUCAAUGCAUCUUGCUGCAAAGUAUAAUCACCCUGAUGUUGUCGACGCCCUCCUUGCCAACCAACCUGAUGGUCUCAAUCUAAUAGAGAUGCAAAACAAACUCGGCGAAACCCCAUAUCUUACUGCGGCUAAGUUUGGGGCAGAAUCUUCCGUUGAGACCUUACUCCAGCAUAAAGCGAGUCGAACGGCCCGAGAUGGCUCUCUAAAUACAGCAUUACACCUUGCUGCGAGUGAGGGAUCUCUUGAAACAGCCAAACCGCUUGUGAAAGACGAGCCAGACGUACCCAAUCCUCUUGAGUCAAGAAAUAAAUCCCAAGAAACACCUCUACUUGUAGCCAUUCAAUUCGGCAAAAAGGAGAUGGUAGAUUUCUUACUCGAAAGUGGAGCGGAUGCGGGAGCGAAAGACGCAGAUGGAAACUCGGCGAUUCAUAUUUCCGCUAAAUAUAGACAAUUUGGGAUUAUUGAGAAGCUCCUUAGCAAUCAUGAAAGCGAGAUUCUCGAUUCAACCAGCAAAGCCGAAGCAUCUAGGACUCUAGAGUCAAGAAAUCUCAGGGAAGAAACUCCUCUCCUUGUUGCAGCUCAAACCGGCGAAGAAGGACUCGAAAUUGUACACUACUUGCUAGAGCGUGGAGCAGAACUAGAAGUGGUAAAUCAGAGUGGAGAUAACGCGCUACAUAUUGCAGCAAGAUAUGGAUCUCUCACUCUUGCUACGAAGCUCUUUGAACAAAACCAUGCCAAGGCCAAACUUCUGCUGGAUGUGAAAAACAAAUCAGGGGCAACCCCUCUUCUAUUUUCGGCAAAAUAUGGCAGGUUAGAGAUGGUCCAGUACUUACUGGAGCAUAAGGCAAGUUCAACCGUCCGAGAUAAAGAUGAAAAUACGGCACUACAUCUUGCUGCACAAAGCGGAAACCUUGAAAUUGUUGAAAGAUUUCUGAAAAUCCCGGAGUGUUCCGAGAUAUUGGAUAGAUCAAAUAAAGAGGGGAAAAGAGCUAUCGAAGUCGCAGCUCAACAUGGCAAGAUCAAGAUUGUCAAUUAUCUCUUCAUUCGACAAAGAACUUUCAAUUCAGAGGGCAUAGAUCUGGACACUAUGUUUCUUGAAUCCGCCAAAGAAGGCUACAUUCAGCUUGUGAGAAAGUUUCUGCGAGAGAAGCAUGAUCUUCUCAACAUUGAGGACGAUGCUGGGAAAACUGCCCUAGUUCUAGCUGCUCAAGAAGAGAAGUUCGAUGUCGUUGAUUAUCUGCUUGCUCAAAGCGCAAAAUUCGAUCCAAACGGCAUCGACCUGAAAAGCAUGUUCUUCAAGUCAGCCAUGAAGGGUUAUCACCGAAUUGUCCGAAAUCUUUUGGAAUGCCAGGAUGAUUUAUUGGAACAACGAAAUGGGGACCAGAAAACCGCUCUGUUGAUUGCAAGUGAGGCAGGUAAAGCUGAUGUUGUUGAAUUUCUUUGCAAAAAGGGAGCGGAUGUCGAGGUCAGAGACUUAUUCAGGUAUACACCCUUGAUGAAUGCUAUUUUGAGCGAAUCGGACUCUAUACCUACCGUGCAAUGUCUUCUCAGAUACGGGGCAGAUCAAGCAGCGACUGAUAAUGGGAAGAGGAACGCUUUACACCUUGCAUGCUAUGAUGGAAAGACCGAAAUCGUGAGCCUUCUUCUGCUCCAUAGACCGGAUCGUCUGAGGCUAUCGAUCAGUACAGCAGACUUUUGUGAUGACACCCCUUUAUGUGAUGCGAUUUCCCAAGAUCACGAGCCUAUUGUCUUUCGACUGCUGGAGUCUGAGAACUAUUUCCCUCAGAACCCCGCUGAAUUUCAACCUCUUGAUUCGACCGAAAAACAGAAGAUGAAAGUUUCCAGUUGGUUAACCCGCUGGGUUCAGCCCAGAAGUCAAGAAAGACCUAAUCCGAAAGUAUCCGAGGAAAUUCCCACGUCUACGACUUCGAUGAUGGGGCGAACCCGUGCAAGGUUGGUCUUCGAGAAGAAGGAGACUCAGCAGGGAAGCUUUGAUCAGGCCGAAGCCCCCCGAUCCCCCCGAUCCUGA